GUCAUGACAUGCAUCAACACUUGUUAAGCUGUGUUCACACUGGACGUUGCUAUUGAUGGAGCUGGAAACGAACUGCAAUCGAUCAGACAACUUAUGACAUCUCGGCGACUGUUAAUUCCAGUCCUUUUUCUUAUUUGUAUGAUAGCCGAGAAUGUGAUCCACGAAUCACUCGACUUGGCUGAGAAUAACUGAAAUAACGGAAAAUUGAACGUUAUUUUGAUAGAGAAAAGUACGAAGCUAGAAGCACAAAGAAGAAAAUCGAGCUUGUCUAUCAUCUGCUUCCGGAGAACCGACUAGAUUUCACAAUGAUUUGCGUAAACUACGCAAAUUGAUUGCAAUGCAAAUAAAAAAACCGAUUCCGCUCGAUUGAUCGUAACAAUGUCAGGUGUUGCGUUAUGUUUUAAUUAAUGAUUUGACCGGCGAUAGGCGUGUUCAAGUUCUCAAGUCGCGAGCGAUUUCGGCUUGCCUUCGAACGAUCAGCACCGUCAAAUUCGCGCAAUACCGUACUCGACACUGAUAACGCGCGUUGUUUAUCAACCAGAUCGUGACGCAACGGCUCAACUUCGCUGCAACUUUCGUAGAAUGCUCCCUAUUUUGCAUGAGAUAUUACUGUGAUUCAUAAUUGAACGCGCAUUUGCAUAAAUGCGAGCGAUUUCGUGGCUGCGCUAUUCAUGUUUGCGCAUGCUUUCCGAUGCCUGAUUUCUGUAAAAUUCCAAGGAGCCAUGUUUUACAAGAUUUCUUUUAGAGACAUUUUACACACCUCAAUGUCGGGCAAUUGCACGCAUUAGUUCCGCGUUGAGAUUACCGUUAAAGGACGCUCGGCUGAUGCUAAAUAAACGCGUUUAUCUUCCGCUCGGCCACUAUUAUCGAGCGUUCUACGCAUGAAAAUUAUUGCAUAACAUCCCGGCGACAAAGAGUGAAAAUUUCGUCAUUUCGUAUGUUUCAAAAACGCCUGACGAAGCGGCCGCUAUUUUCACGCACGCGGACCCCGCGCAUACUAAAACUAUAAAUAUAUCCUCAUCUUGCCGGACUUCUGGUAACAUUACGGAGAGGCAUUUUGCACGGGCUCAUGCGAAGCGCAUAAACGUGUAAAAAUGUCCAACACCUGAUUUAAGAUGCGGUUAUGCAUAUGUCGUGUCCUAAAAUAUCACUCUCCCGACGCCCUCGAGACACUCGAUCCGUGCCGGGACGACUCUUGAUCAGGUACGAUGACGAGCGAAAGACUAGACCUGGACAAGCCGUUGUGGGACCUCAACAGCUUCGUGGGAAGAUGGAAAUAUUUCGCGUGGAUGACCGAUUUCCGAACUUGUGUCGUCCCCGAGUCGCAGUUGCUCGAUGCCAAAAACUUGUGCGAGCAAUACAGGCUUGGCAAAGAGCCAGCCGAUACGACCAGGGAGCAGAUCAUCUAUGCGAAGAAGCUGUACGAGUCGGCCUUUCAUCCUGACACUGGUGACCUGCAAAACGUCUUUGGUAGAAUGUCAUUCCAGGUGCCGGGAGGUAUGGCUAUCACCGGCGCGAUGCUUCAGUUUUACAGGACUACGCAAGCGGUGGUUUUCUGGCAGUGGGUCAACCAGUCUUUCAACGCGCUUGUCAAUUAUACCAACAGGAACGCUAACAGUCCUGUAACCACUAGUCAGCUAGGUGUAGCUUAUGUUAGCGCUACCGCUGCGGCGAUGGUCACCGCGUUAGGGUGUAAAACGUUUUGGGAGAAACGCGCGACUCCUCUGAUGGCUAGAUACGUUCCGUUCGCCGCAGUGGCAGCCGCUAAUUGCGCUAAUAUCCCCCUAAUGAGACAAAAUGAAAUUACAAACGGCGUGGAUCUCGUCGACGAUGGCGGCAGAAAACUCACGAGAUCGAAGUUCGCGGCUGUAAAGGGCAUUUCGCAAGUCGUCAUUUCGAGGAUCGUCAUGUGCGCGCCUGGCAUGCUUAUCUUACCGCCUAUAAUGGAAAAAUUGGAGAAGUACCCAUGGAUGCAAAAAAUUAAACCUUUGCAUGCACCGAUACAAAUUUUAAUGUGCGGCAUUUCUCUCUCGGUCAUGGUGCCAACGGCAUGUGCGCUGUUCCCGCAAAAUUGUUCCAUCAAAGCGAGCACUCUGCAACGCUGGGAACCGGAAAACUAUAAACUGCUAAAGAAGAACUGCGAAGGCGGCGCGAUGCCAACGUACUUGUAUUUCAACAAGGGGUUAUAAUGUUAUAAAAAGUCCUAGUCUACAAGUCACUUAAAGAUAAACUCUAUUCCAUCCUUUAUAA